AUGCUUUAUAGGUUAAUGGGUCAACAGAUUACCUCAAAGCGGCCAAUUAUUGGACUCCAAUCUCGUUCUUUGCCGGAUCUCAUCGGUACCCCUAACAAAAAUCAAACCCGCUCUUGUUCAGGACGUUCACCGGACGGUUUUGUGACGACUGGGCUACAGACUGAAGAGUUCCGUUUGACCCCUCCCCCCAUCCGCAUUUUUAGUCCCAUUCCCAUUUCUAUUCCUAUUCCCAUCUCCCACCCGUUCAAAAGCGGUCUCGUCAACCUGAUGCCGGCCUUCCUCGGCUCCUCGGGCAGCCCAAGUGCCGGCCUCCUCGUGCCGCCGUCCGCCGGCCAAUUGUCCAUCUGCCUUCCGCAUCCGGCCGGCUUGUUACCAGGUCAGCCGAGUCCUCUGUUGCCGGGGCCGACGUCCGAGACGCGUCCGAGCUCUCUUGCCCUCCCGAUGGCGUCUGGCGGCCUGUUUUCCGUCCCCCCCACCGACGAGCAUCAUCACUACUCCUUGCCGCCUUUCAGUAUGCCCUGUCACUACCACAACCACAGCCCUACCAGCGCCAACUCCAUCAGCCUCGACGCCAGCAUGAGCAUUUCUUGCUCCACAACCUCGGGCGAUAGCAACCACAAUCACCUACUUCACCAACAGCCGUACAACAGCAACAUGGGCAACAUGCCCAACCCCGCUGCCUUGCAAGCGUGUGGUACGCUUGUCGGCGCGAAGACGCAUUCAAGCCUGUUGCGAGUGCCCGUCUUCUCGGACUCGGUCGUCUGUCCCACAGGCGCGCCGACCGACAGCUCGGCAACUGUCGGCCUGGCAACAGGGAAUGGCAACUCUGGUACAUUCGCUUUUUGCCCCGGAGUCACGGGCCUUUUGGCUCCGAGGGCAACGGGGCGGCCGGAGUUGCCGGGUUGGACGGCGAGGAGGCUGCAGGCCGGAGCGGGCAACCUGGAGCCGGACGAGCGACAACCGCCUCUCGCGGACGGUCUGAUUCCCGGUCUUUUUGGCUUGCUCCCUCUCGGUCAGCCCGGCUCGUCCGUGGUUGUCGGGGCUGGUGGAGACGAGGCCGGUUUGAUGCCGGUCCCGCUGUCCUCGGGGCCGGCUCUGGCGACGGGGUAUCUGGGCCGUGGCGGGUUGCCGGGCGAGAUGGCGAUCCAAUUCAACUCGGCUCUGCCACAAUUGGCCUGUCUGUACUCGGGAGCACAAUUUGCGCCAAUCAACGGCUUCUACAAACCCGCUCUGACUGUCCCGUCGUCUGCUCUCGGUCCAACCGACACCAGCCACGAACCGUGCUCCGGUCUGGCGUCGGCCGGCCCAGCGACCGGUACAGUCGGUCUACUCACGCCAGGCCAGACGGAGGCAGCAACUCUGUGCGUCGGCCUGCAUCUCUCGGCCGCACACCUCGGCUCCACUAAACCCCCAAUGAUGUACGCCGCGCCAAGUCUGCUCACUUCACUCCGGCUCGCCUAG